AUGAGUAAUAAGGAAAAUAAUAAUAAUGAAUCAGGAUCAUCAGAUUAUAAAAUAAGGGAAUGUUUGGCUUUCAAUAUUAUUAAGAUUUAAUAAAUAAUUUAAGAAGAACCUAUAAAUAAAUUUAGUUAAAACAUAAUAUCUUAACUUUGGAUUCAUGAAAUAGAUGAACGUGUUAAAAGAGUUCUUAAAAAUAAAGAAAUGAUAGAAUUAUAAAGGAGAUUGUUUUCUAAAGAUAUAAAUACAAUUUCUGAAACCUUAAAAUAAACAAUUCAACAAAAAUUUGACUUAAUUAAUAUGACUGAAUAAUAAAUUUAGAUGGAAAUAGAUAUGAAAAAGAAAGAUUAAUUAUAAAAAAAAUUGAUAAUUAUUAAUUAAGAAUUAGAAGAAUAUGUUGAAGGUAUAAAUGAAAUGUCUUCUAAAAUGGACCUAAAUUUUGCUUUUUUAAAGGAAAUUAAGAAAUAAUUACAUUUUAUAAAAGAAAAAAUUCAAAAUAUUGAAAAUUCAAUAAAUUAAUUAAGUAUAGAUUUGAGUAGAUUGACGGGUAAGAGAUAUGAGGAAUUAUUAGAAAUAAGAAAAUAAAGAGUAUUGUUGGCUAGAGAACUUUAAGAAUUAAAUGAAGUUUAUAUUCCAUUGAAUACAAUGAUAAUAGAUCCUAUUACAGGACAAGAUUAAAAAGUAUCUGAAUUAUAACUAGAAAUUGAUCAUUUUCUUUAUAAUUAAGAUUAAUUGUGUGAUGUAAUGUUAAUAACAGGUAAGGCUGGAUCAGGUAAAAGCAAAGCAUCUGAAAGAAUUGAAGUUGAAUUGUGGAAAAAUCAUAAUAAUAAUUAAUAAUGGAUUCCAUUAUUUAUUUCAUUACCAACUAUAAAACAUCCUUUGUUUAAUAUUAUAGAUUAAGGUUUAGAGAAAGAUUAUUAUUAAUUUGAUAAGAUAUAAAUUUAAGAAUUUAAAUAAGCAAUUAAAAAAAAGAAAUUGAAAGUGGUUGUAAUUUUAGAUAGUUAUGAUGAAAUGAGAUCUGAAUAUAUUUAAUCUAAUUUAUUUCAUACUAAUAAAUUUAUAACUGAAUUUGGAUAAGAUAUUAUAGGUUCAAAUUUUAAAGUUAUUAUUACAACAAGAAAGGAAUUAUUAACAGUUAUGGGAUAUUAAACAUGGUUUUGUGGAAGUAGUUUAGAAAAGAUGAAAGAAAUAAUGUUAUUAAGCUUUAAUGAGGAUUAAAGUUAAGAUUAUAUCAAAUAAUAUUGUGUAUGUUGCAUUAAAAGAUAAAUUAUAAAUAUUUAUGAGACAUUAAUAUUCUUAUAGAAAAAAUAGUUUAAUAUAAAGGAUUUAUUAUAAGUUUGGAAUUCACUUUAUGAAUUUUUGAUUUAAGAAACAAAUUUUUAAAAUACUCAUUCUAAUCAAUUAUUAAGUAAUAAUGAAAUAAAGCAUUUAAUUAAAUUUUUGAAAUGUAAAAAUUUAUUUAAAUCUUUAAAUGAUAAUCACAUUUAAUAAUUAUAAUAAAAUCUUUUUAAUAUUUGGAGUAUUAAUAAAUAUUAAAAUGUUAUUCAUAAUUCUAAUCUUUAAAUUAUAUUCAACACACCUUUUAUGCUGAAUGUAGUUGUCUAAGUAUUACCAAAUUUAACAAAAUAAAAUUAAGAGAUUUCAACAUUAAAAGAAUAAUUUUUAUAAAAUUUUAUUAAUAUUAAAAAGAAUCUAAUUGAAUCAGAAUUAAUGUUUUUGAGACUAAAAAAAGAAAUAGUUUAAUAAGAAUUUAAUCUUAAGGAUAUAAAAGAUAUUGGAAUGAAGAUUAUAAUGAAUUUAGAUAAUUAAAACUUCUUUAAUAUGUAUUCUGAAUCAAAUACUUUAGAAUUGAUUAAUGGAAAAUAAUUAAAGAUUAUGAACGAAAUAUUUAAUAUUGAAUAUGAUGCAGAAAUUGUUUAUGAAUCUUUAAAAUAAAAGAAAUUUACAUCAUAUUAAUUUUAUGAAUCAUUUAUUAGUUAUUAUCAUGAUUAAUAAAUAAAUAAAUGGAAGAAAAUGGGAAAAAUAUAUAAUUAUGAAACAGUUAAAGUAGAUUUAUAGGAAUUUUCAUAAUCCUUAGCACUUGACAUGACUAAAAAUUAAGUUACAUCUAUUGAAUAUAAAAUUAAAGGAGAACUUAAAAUUAGAAAAGCAUAACAUUUUUCCUAAUUUUAAGAGGAAUGGCAAGAUCAAUACUUUAAUGAUUCCUAUGGAGAGAAAGAAUAUAAAACAUUAAUAAGAAAUUCUAUGUUAAUAAUAUAAAAUGGUAGUAAUUACUCAUUUAGUCAUACUUCAAUAUAAGAAUUUUAUGUUGCUAAAUACAUAUACGAAUUUAUUUAAAGUAUAUAAAUGGAUUAAGAUAUGAUAGUUUUAUAGAGAAACUUUAAUUAAGAUUAUAUUGAGAAAAUAGAAUCUAGUUUAUUUAACUAGUAUUCAUUUAAUAUAACAUUAGAUCAUUUUUUAGGAUGUUUAAAUAUACUAAAAAGUGAAAUAUUAAAAAUAGAUUAGUUAAAAUUGAAAUUAUUAUCUAUAGUGAAAUUAUCUGGAAUAUAUCCUAAACUUGAAAGAAUUUCAUCAAAUUUUAUUUAUUUAUUGAGCUAUUUAAAUUUUAAUAUGAAUAAUCAAGAUAUCAGUAAUAUUAAUAUAUCUGAUACUAAAUUAUAUGGAUUAACAUUUUAUAAUUGUAAUAUGUAAAAUACUAAAUUUAAUAAUGUGUCUAUAGAUUCAUGUAAUUUUAAUAAAGCAAAUUUAAGUAAUGUUGAGUGGAAAAAUAUCAUAUGUAAAGAAAAACCAUAUUUCUAAGGACAUAAAGAUUAUAUUAGAUCUAUAACAAUAUCAUCAGAUGGAUCAAUUUUGAUUUCAGGAGGAGAAGAUAAUUUAAUAAUUUUAUGGAAUAUUAAGAUUUGUUAAUAAAUUUAAAUAUUAGAAGGACAUACUAAUAUGGUUAGAUAAGUUUGUAUAUCACAUGAUAAUUUUAUUUUGGCAUCUGGAAGUAAUGAUAAAACAAUUAGAUUAUGGUCAGUUAAAACUGGAAAGUAAAUUGAAGUCUUAGAAGGACAUGAAGAUAGUGUAACAUGUGUAAGUUUUUCUUAAGAUUCAAGUUUACUUAUAUCUGGAAGCAACGACAAUACAAUAAGAAUAUGGAAUGUUAAAUCUAAAUAGAUUUUAACUACAUUGAAAGGACAUUCUGAAACAAUAACAUCAUUAUUAUUAUUUGAUAAUAGUAAAAGAUUGAUUUCAAGUGGAUAAGACAAAAAAAUUAUCAUUUGGGAUGUAGUUAAUAGAUGUUAAUGUUAAAUUUUGUAAAAUGAAAGUGAAGUACUAUCUAUAUCUUUACAUAAAGAUGGAUAAUUUUUAAGUUCUGGAUAUAAGGAUGGAAGAAUAGUGAUAUGGGAUAUUAUAGAAUUGAAAUAAUUAUGUAUAUUAGAAGGACAUAGAAGCAAUGUAAAUAGUUUAGGUUUUACAAGUAAUGGAUAAAUGCUAGCAUCAGGUUCUGAUGAUUAAUCAGUUAGAUUAUGGGAUGUGAAAACAUUCAAAUAAGUAGGAUAUUUAUAAGGACAUUCACAUUUUGUAACUUCUUUAGUAUUUUCUCCAGAUGGGAUGAUUUUGUUUUCUGGAAGUUAAGAUAAAAUAAUUAGAUAAUGGAAUGUUACUGCAACAAAAUAAGAUUAUAUUUUAGAUGGACAUUUAAAUUAUGUGUCAUCACUUAGUUUUUCUCCUGAUGGUUAAAUGUUAGCAUCUGGAAGUAGAGAUUGCUAUGUUCUAUUAUGGAAUGUUUAAGAAGGCACUUUAAUUUGUAGAUUUGAAGGUCAUACUGAAAUGAUUUGGUGUGUUUUAUUUUCACCAAUUAAAAUGAUUUUAGCUUCUGGUGGAGAUGACCAAACUAUUCGAAUUUGGGAUCCAUAAUUUUAGAAACAAUUACAUGUAAUUAAAACUGAAUGUGAUUCUAUUUAAUCUUUAGCUUUUUCUAAUGAUGGUUAAGUAUUAGCUUCUGGUUCUGGAGGUUUCUCCUAUAUUAUUAAGAUAUGGAAUCUAAAAGACUAUUCUUAAAUUUAAGAGUUUGAUGUCCAUUCUCAUACAAUUAAUUGUUUAUAAUUUAUGUAGAAUGGUAAUUUAAUAUCAGGAGGUGCAGAUAAUAAAAUUUUUGUUUUAAAUGUAGAAACAGGAAAGAAAGAACUUGAAAUAAAAAUUCAUAAAGGUUAAGUAAAUUCAUUAAAGUUAAUAAAUGAUAUUUUAAUAUCAGGUAGCAGUGAUCAUACUAUUAAAUAUUAUAAUUUAGAAGAAUAGAAAGAGAUUUCUAUAAUAUCAGGUCAUCAAAAUACAAUAACUUCAAUUGCAGUAACUCCAGACUGUAAAAUGCUUAUAUCUGGUAGUGAUGAUAUAAGUAUAGGAGUUUGGGAUAUGAUGACUUAAAAAUAAUUAGCUAGUUUAUAAACUUCUGAUUAAGUAAAAUGUAUUGAUAUUUCCCCUAAUGGAUAAAUCUUUGCAGCAGGAUGCUAUGAUGGUUCUAUUCAUUUAUACAAAAUAAUAGAUAAUCAGAAGUUUGAUUGUUAUAAGACUUUUUCAAUGUGUCCUCUCAUUUAAGCUAGGGAUUGUAUUUUGAAGAAUUCAAAAAUAUAAUCAAGAACUGAUUCUUUGGAACCGCUUUUGAUAUAGAAAGGAGCGAUUAAAAUAUGA